GCAGUACCUCCGUGGUUCUGUUCUGCUAAGAUGCCUGCCGGAAAGAAGGUCGCCCCCACCCCCGCGGGCAUGAAGGCCCCCAAGGCUGAGAAGGGCCCGUCCAACCCGCUCUUCGAGAAGAAGCCCAAGGUGUUCGGCAUCGGCCAGGCUCUUCCCCCCAAGACGCCCCUGAACCGCUACGUCAAGUGGCCCAAGUACGUCAGGAUCCAGCGCGCCCGCCGCGUCCUCCAGAAGCGUCUCAAGGUUCCCCCCGCCAUCGAGCAGUUCAACAACACCCUCGACAAGAACCUCGCCACCAAGCUCUUCAAGCUCCUCCUCAAGUACCGCCCCGAGGAUGACGCGCAGAAGAAGGAGCGCCUCGUCGCCACCGCGCAGGCUGAGGCGGCGGGCAAGGAGGUUGAGUCCAAGAAGCCCGUCGUGGUCAAGUUCGGCAUCAACCACAUCACCUACCUCGUCGAGCAGGGCAAGGCGCAGCUCGUGUGCAUCGCGCACGACGUCGACCCCAUCGAGCUCGUCAUCUGGCUCCCCGCGCUGUGCCGCCAGAUGAACGUGCCCUACUGCAUCGUCAAGGGUAAGGCUCGCCUCGGCGCCGUCGUCCACAAGAAGACGGCCACCGCGCUCGCGCUCACCGGCAUCAAGAACGAGGACAAGAUGGAGUUCUCCCAGCUCGUUGAGGCCAUCAAGGGUUCCUACAACGACAAGUUCGACAAGACGAUGAGGACCUGGGGUGGCGGCAUCAUGGGCGUCAAGUCCCAGGCGAAGACUGCUGCCAGGCAGAAGAUCAUCGACAGGGAGAAGGCUCAGCGUGAUGCGAUCUAAAUCCGUCGCCGGAUCGCGGGUGCCCCGGUGCCGACGGCGUGCGGCGACGGGGGUUGUGGUGUACAUUGUCGAGUUGCGGUGACGUUUGGUGGGGAUUUAGAUAACCGUGUUAAAAGGAGCCGACCUCGAUACUUCUC